AUGUCGCGGAAAGCCGCAGGUUCCGCACCUCCAUCACCGCCGCCCUCGACUGUCCGCACGCAGCUGGAUCGCGUAGCGGACCUCCAGAACCGAGUUGGGUCGGUUAACUCAAAGGCUGCAAAGACGGCGUUGAUUGGAGAGUACUCUGACAUUCGAGACAUAUUGGAGUACAUCUACCAACCGCAUCUCAAGCUGCAUCUGACUCCAGACGGUCUGAUCAAGCAUAUCCAUUUGGGAACCAUUGACCUGCCCCCCGAGGACACCCUCCCUGCCACACUCAUCGACCUGUUCGAUCUGCUGGCAACCCGAGCGCGAACAGGCAACGAGGCCAAAAACGUCGUGGCUGGCUUUCUGGUGCACCACUCUGUUCUCACCGGCCCAGAAGCACUUGAGGAGGCCGAGUUUGACACUUUUUGUCGCUUGUUGAACCGUAACCUCGUCGCUGGGUUUGGCGCCAACACGCUGAAAACGGUAGCUUGGGCCGAGCCAACAGCAGCCGAGCUGCCACCGCCUGCCAAAAGCACCAAGGGCAAAGGCAGCAAGGCGAAAGUGACAGAGGAAACGGUAGCAAAGGACACUGACAAGGUCGUCACCAGCCCACCCCGCGAGAUCCAACUGGACAGCUUCUCAUGUGCGCUUGGUAAACCCAUCUCCCCGCCUUUUGAAAAGCUCUUCACCGCCAAGAGCAAGGUGUCCAAGUGGUACGCCUCUCGCAAGCUGGACGGUGUCCGGUGUCUCAUGAUGGUCGACAUUGGUCUCCCACCAUACGAUGGCGAGCCGUACGUUGUCAGUGUCCAGCCCGUCUCUCGACAUGGCAAACCAUUCACAUCCUUGGCGCGUCUCGAGGACCACUUGGCCGAGACUGUGAGCCACUUCCCGCAACUUCGCGAGUGGCUGGCACGUGAUCCCGUCACGGUGGACAAGUUGGGCGAGGACACGGUCAAGCGUCUCGUCUUCGACGGCGAGGUGUGCGUCAUGCGUGAGAUGACCAAGGCCGAGGCUGAAGGCGUUUCCAUGGAUCACGACGACGGUUCAGUAGGAGGCUCGCUGUGGAAGAACGACGGACUGGUCGAGGACUUUCCCGCCACCGUCUCGGCUGUCAUGCGCAAGAACCAGCCCGUUGAACGACCACGAUACUUCCUCCUCGACAUCUUGCCGUGGUGCGAGUUUGCCUCCCACGGACCAGUCAACGGACCGGGACUUGCCAAGACGUUUGGCCAGAGGAUACCGGACAUCCAGCGCUUUUCCGACUUUCUGUCCACCGACAGCGACCACCAGUCCCUCGUCCGCGCCGUCGCACAGGAGGCGAUUACCUCGCGUGCCCAACUGGACGGCAUGGUCGAGCGUGCGGCCAAUGAGGGGUGGGAGGGCCUCGUCAUUCGUGCCGACAAACCGUACAACGGCAAGCGCAGUACGGACGUGUACAAGUUUAAGCAGUGGCUCGACGCCGAGUACACAGUGGUAGACAUGGAGACGUCCAAGAUGCGCCUGUCCGUGGGCGGAGUCUAUGGCGAGCACCUCGCAUGUGCAAACGUCUACAUCGAGCAUGGAGGACACCGCGUCAGUGUCGGCAGCGGGUUCUCUGCCGACCAGAGGCUGCGGUACGCCAAAGACCCCAGUGCUAUUAUUGGCAAGCAGAUCACUGUCGAGUACUUUGGAGAGUCUGAGAGUACCGACCGCGAGGAAGGCGUCCUCAGUCUGCGGUUCCCGCGCGUCAAGAAGGUGUGGGAGGAGGGUAAGCGGGAGCUAUAA